AUGCAAAAACUUCUCAGACUUUAAAGACACUUCUAACCAAAUUAACUUAAGAAUUCUCUCUCUUCAGGAUUUAAUACUCAUCUCCAAAAAGCAUUUAGCUCCAUUCUAAUUAAAGGUGGGACAGUCGUUAACGCAGAUCAUAAAUUCAGAGCUGAUGUUAUUAUUGAAAAUGGCAAGAUCUCAGAGGUGGUGAGGCCUGAUGAUAAAAUAUAAACAGCAAGAAACUUCGAGAAGAUUAUAGAUGCUACAGGAAAGUUAGUAAUGCCUGGUGGUAUUGAUCCUCACUGCCAUCUUGAAUUGCCAUUUAUGGGGACCACAGCUGUAGAUGACUUUGAUAUCGGUACUAAGGCUGCUGUUGCUGGAGGAACCACAUCUUUUAUUGAUUUCAUUAUCCCUGAUUCAAAAGGUUUAGUAGCAGGGUAUGAUGAUUGGAGAUAAAGAGCUGAUAAAAAAGUUCAUUGCGAUUACACCCUUCAUUGCGCUAUAACUGAUUGGAAUGAGAAAAUAUCAAAAGAAAUGGAAGAGAUCGUUAAAAGAGGUAUCUCUAGUUUCAAGUUAUUUACAGCCUACAAAGGUACUUCAUUCUAUCAAAAUGAUGAGAGAAUGCUCUAAAUCUUCCAGAGAUGUAAAGAGUUAGGAGCAGUAAUUAUGGUUCAUGCUGAAAAUGGAGAGCUUAUAGAGUUCAAUUAAAAUAGAUUAGUGAAGUAAGGAGUAACAGGACCUGAGGGCCAUCCACUUUCAAGAAGCGAUGAAAUUGAAGCUGAGGCUACUCACAGAGUGAUCACAAUCGCUAAUACUAUCAAUGUUCCCUUAUAUGUAGUUCAUGUAAUGAAGAGAGCAGCUGCCGAUGAAAUUAUAAGAGCCAAGAGAAAAGGAUUUGUGGUUUAUGCUGAGGCCCUUGCUGCAGGACUAGGAGUAGAUGGCAGAAAUUAUUGGGAUGAGGACUGGGAUAAAGCUGCUGGAUUUGUAAUGUCGCCAUGCAUUGAUGAAGAUCCAAAAACCAAAGAAUAUGAAAUGAGACUAUUGGCCACUCAUGAUCUUGACACUACAGCAACAGAUAAUUGCACUUUCAGCAAAUAACAGAAAAGAAUGGGUCAUUCCUGCUUCAAUAAAAUACCUAACGGCUGUAAUGGCAUUGAGGAUAGAAUGUCUGUCAUUUGGAAUAAUGGAGUCGAGAAGGGAGUCUUAACCCCAUCUGAUUUUGUUAGAGUUACUUCAACUAACACUGCUAAAAUCUUCAACAUGUAUCCUAGAAAAGGAAUAAUUCAAUCGGGAAGUGAUGCUGAUAUAAUUAUAUUCGAUACCGAGGCGACCAAAACAAUUAGUGCUCAUACCCACCAUCACGCAGGGGAUUUUAAUAUUUUCGAAGGAAUGAAAGUUAAAGGCCUAACAGAAACUACCCUUGUUGGAGGAAGAGUCGUAUUUGAAGAUGGUGUUGUUAAGUCACAACCAGGAUCUGGAUAAUAUGUACCUAGAGAAGCUUAUGGAUAUGCAUAUGAGAAAAUACCAGCACUUGAUGCUCAAAGAAGACUAAGAGAAACUCCUGUUGAUAGAAGUGGAAAUAAACCUUCUUAAAAAUCAUUAGAAGAUUCUGUUAAAGAGCUCAAUUCUAAAAUUGAAAUUUAUCAAGAUAAAGUAACAUAAUUGAGUUGGAUGAGGUCAGGAGGAUUCUCUAUGGAAACAAAACCUUUGACUUGUAAAUCCCUGAUGCUGCGAAAUCAAUUGCACUGA